AUGGAUUCUCCUUCGACACCCGCAACCGCUGACUUCUCCUCGACGCCUCCGAAGCGCACCAAGAUUGUCCUUCUUGGCGACCAGAGCGUCGGGAAGACCAGUCUCAUUCACCAGAUUCAUGCCACCAUCGGCAUUGACUUCUUGAGCAAGACUAUGUAUCUGGAGGACCGGACGGUGCGGUUACAGUUGUGGGAUACUGCCGGACAGGAACGUUUCCGUUCACUAAUACCAUCGUACAUCCGAGAUUCGUCUGUAGCUAUAGUUGUGUAUGAUAUUACAAAUCGCCAAUCCUUCCUCUCCACGUCAAAAUGGAUAGACGACGUUCGGUCAGAACGGGGGAACGAUGUCAUUAUUGUACUGGUUGGUAACAAGGCCGAUUUAUCGGACAAACGUCAAGUUACGGUAGAAGAGGCAACUUCGAAAUCGACACAAAUGAACAUCAUGUUCAUGGAGACAUCAGCAAAAGCUGGACAUAAUGUGAAAAGCUUGUUCAAGAAGAUUGCGCUCUCAUUACCUGGGAUGGAGAAAGAGGGCCAAGCAGAUGCCCAGAAUACAAAAAUCGACGUUACGACACAGCAGGCUGCCGCCGUACCAGAAGCAUCACAGUGCAAUUGCUGAUCCACCGUUUCCCACGUGAUGAUACGUGCUACCCCUCGUGAUAUUAUAUACCCGAUUUGCUUGCCCACAACCACCAAAUCGAUGAGUCUUUACGAAUUAUUUGUGACACAAUGCAACAGACUGUCUCGUUUCCCGUCGCUAGCCUUCUUCAGCCGCGAUUCAUUGUGUUCCCCGCUCCACGCGGAUUAGCGUCCUUGAACUGUGCCCACUGUUCGUCCUUCUGUCGUUUCUCCUCCAAUUUCAUCUCACCGAAGACUGCACCAUCCAUUUCGGAGUCAAUCGCCAGUUGUUCUGACGAGGUUGGCUGUUCCUCGGAUUGUGGGCUGCGCAAAUUAAUUAGUGUCUUUGUAACUGAAACGGUGAGAACUCACCCUCCCCCUGUGAGAAUGUUGCCGCGUUCUUGUUCAAUUUUGAGGUACUCGUCUAUACUCAUCGUUGGCAGACGGUGACCAGGUCCGAAGACCUGGGCUUGUAGACGUGCGCG